AUGGCCAGCGCUCCGGCACCCAUUGGUGGAACUGUAUAUCCAGGAGACUUCGGCCCAUCUGUCUUAUUUAUGGUUCUCUAUGCUGCCCUAGUUCCACUUAUGCUAUACCGGAUGUUCGACCCUGAGAGGGUCGCUAUUUUUGCUCUAAGAACAAUCCAGUCCCGCAGUGAGACUCAGAGAUUCGCAUCUGGAAUUGUAAGCCUCCUUCGGUGUAUGCUCGUGAAUCCAACGUACGGCUCCGAAAUGUACUUCCAAUCUCCAGCGGCGGCUACAAAAGGAGGGACCUACUCUCCUCCCCCACCUGGAACACCCGAUGUACCAAGGCUGCGAGCAAGGCUUCGGAGAUUGAUGGCUUUCAUGUCUUUGACCUUUUUUGCGGCCAUCGUUCCUGGAAUCAUAUCUAACUCCGGUUACAGCCAGAAUUUUCAUAAUCAAGAUGCUGCAAACAGGAAAUCGACCCUUCGGUUUGCGAGUGCUGCUAUCAACUUGGCGCUAUGCUUGACUAUGGUACUUACAACUGUAUGGAGCUUGAAGUGGUUUCCAAGUAACAGUAAACGCGAAACCGGAAUCGUAUUUACGGUAGCCAGUCUAAUGGCUGUAAUAUCCAUCUAUCGGCUCUCCGUGAAUCAUUUUAAAGUUACAUCGCUGGCUGGUCCAAGCCCAUUGAAUUCCAGUGGUGCUAAAGCAGCGUUUUAUAUUUUCCAUGUUUUCCCAGAAUGGGUGGCUAAUACCAUCCUACUCUUUCCCAAUAUUCGGAAGCUCUUUGGUACAGGCGCAUGGGGCGACUUUAGGUUUAAAGAUAUGACCCCAGACCAAGUGAGAAAAUGGAAUAUUCAACAGGAGAAAAAGGAAAGAAAGAGAAAGGCGAGGUUGGAGAUGCCAGGAGAUGCUAUCCCGUUGCAAGAGAAGGCCGAAUGGGGAUCAAAUCAAUCUCAUGACUGA